AUGCACUCCGCCUCAAAAUCAGCCUCUCUGGGCUUCAACCCGCGGAAAGAUGCUGAAGAUGCUCAGCCUCAUACCAGACUGAGAGCUUGGCUAGCAUCGAGCUUCAUGUAUGAUUCAAAUUUUGGCACACGCUGUAAAGCAUCAAAUCCCCAAGCCUCCAGUAUCCUUCGUCUCCCACCAACUGUCGGAAUGAUGAAUGAUGAGAACGGCCAAGUAGGUACUGAGCCAGUAGGAUCAAUAAGUUUCCACAAUGUCUCAGAGCAGGGAAUUCUCAUGCAUGACCGACAUCAUAUUCGUCAAGGAUUACAGGUCUCACCAAAGAGCCUUGUUCGGUGUCUUCGGAUGAGCCAGUCGUUGCAAGGUGCACCAAUACCUAGUUCCCCCACGCAUGACACAAUGCGGCGUGAUUCAUUCCUAAUCACGCCUCUUCAUCCAUGGAAAAGCAUGGGUUUGAAGGACCUUCGUAUCUUGAGCGAGGUUGAAAGAGUUUCACGGUGCUUACAGCCCUCGUAUUCGUCACCACACUAG